UGUGCUGAAUCAGCAAGACUUCUCUAUUCAUUCUUCUCUCUUGUUUUUUAUGUUUACAUUUAUACGAUCAAUAAUUAACAUAUAUUCAAUGUUUUUCUAAGCAGCUGCUAAAUAUGUAAAUCAUCAGGUCACCAGCUGGCAUAAAGCUGGAUUUGCCCGGCAAAUCCUCACUCUCUCUCUGCUGUGCUGUCGUCCACCCCGCCUCCUCUCACUCUCUCUCUCUCUCUCUCUCUCUCUAGUGCCUCAGUUCUCCGAGUCGGUAGUUCAGGAUGGAUGUCUCGUGUGCGCACAAGCCAUCGCCAAGUGCCGGACCGCGCCGCAUCCCGUCGGCAGCGUGUGCGUGAGUGUGCAUGUGUGUGUGCGUGCGUGCAUGAGAGAGUUGCGGGGGAGACGCGAGCGUGUGCGUGCGCGGGGGCGUUUGGGGCAGAUCUCUGUGGAUUCUCUCCCGCCGGAUGUUUAACGAUCACAGGAGCGUCGACUGACGGCACGGACAAACUCCAGGCAUGGCAGACCCUCUCUGUGUUCUCGUGCCCUGACGGAACCCUGCGCGCUGAGAGGGACGACAUGCGCCGGUCACCGCUCCCUCCUCAUCAUCACCGUCACUGAUCCCUGUCUGGAGGAACGAUGGUGAGCAAGGAAGCUGGUAAAUGCAUGCUCACCAACUCUGAGUCCGACUCGGAGGCGGUGGCUUCUAUGGCCCGGGACGUCAAAGGGUCGUCGGAUGAAAGACGGCAGGUACGCAAGCGCAACAAAGCCCUUCAGGUCCGCUUCAAGGACAUCUGUGAUGCGCAGAACGAACAGGCCGCCGCAGCUCGCGGAGGGAAGCCCGUUUCUUAUAAAGUGGCGUAUCGGAAGUAUAUGACCGUCCCGGCUCGGCGGUCCAUUCCCAACGUUACCAAAAGUACCGGAGUGCAAACGUCUCCGGAUCUGAAGAAGCGCUACCAGACAUUUCCUUUCGAGAGGAAGAAAGGCCACUCGGUCAAGCACGCGGCUGCAGCGGAAAGCUGCAAAGACCAGGACGAUGGGUUUGUUAUUGAUGUAAAACGUGCAAAAGCAACAGUUGCGGGGCGAGACGGUGCACCCACACAUAAUGUGACCAAAACCAGAGCCCUGAUGCACACCAGCAAGUGCAUCGCAACCAUCGAACAACAUCCACAAACCAGGGACUGCACGGAUGUACCGUGUUCGGACGCUUUGGUUCCGACAGCAGGAGUGGACGACUCGGAUUAUCAGAUCUGUAGUGUGCGAAGUAAACACAGCAAGGGCUUCCAGGGAAACUCGGAGACGGCUCGCUCGGGCAAGCUGCAGUUGUUGAACUCUGGGGAGGGCGGUGGGAAUAUCCUCCAGGAUUCGUCCUCUAAAGUGACGGGACCCAUCGCGUGGAACUCCCUCACGGAAGUGGAGUGCUUAGAGAGUCCGUCUGAGCGCAACAAACGUAAAAAGGCACUGCAGCUGAACGGCUUGCAGUCGCAGACAUUGCCGCGGGCCAGCUGCACCACGCAGGUUCAGUGCCACGUGGGCACGCUGUCCGCUCGCCCGCUGCGUGUCAUGGAGGAAGCGCCGGUGACCUCGGCUUCCGUGGCACCCGUUCCCAUGCCGGCGCCUCCUGCCAGGGGUGGCGCAGGAAGUCUGCAAACAGAUAAUGAGACGUGCAAGCAGAUUGUACCUGUCCGUCAGGAAGGGGAUGUUAAAGCACAGCUCCAGGCCAUGGAGAACAUGAUCAGCUCCAGCCAAGAAACCAUUAAAGUGCUGCUGGGUGUCAUUCAGGAGCUGGAGAAGGGAGAAGCUCACAGAGAGGGACUCUCCUAUCGGACCGGACAGGACACGGCCAACUGCGACACGUGUCGGAACAGCGCAUGCAUUAUUUACAGUGUGGAGCUGGACUUUAAACUCCAGGAGGAUAAACUACAGCCGCUGAUGAAGAGACUGUGUCCCACCGAGGAGUCUCUGUUCCCGUCUCUCUCAUACCCUCAGGAGAUCAUUAGCUCCACACCCAAACGCAAGUCCAAAGCAGAGGCCAAGAAACACGCGCGCUGGAAACUCUGGUUUCUGUGAUAAACACCACACACACCUCGGCAGGAUUUCACAACUUUAGCUCCUUCGUGUUUUAAAGAUGGAGUUCAACGACCGGAUACAACGUUCCACGAGCAUCUCGUUCACGUUGGCCAUUUCCAUCGGGAUAGCUCAAGAAAAUAUUUUUCGAGAUUGUUUUGCCUUCGGUACUUUCAAUAUGGCUAUGUGAUGAGUGCUGAACUUGGUCUGGGAACACGUCAGCUUCAUUAAAAAAGAUGUAUAUUUACAAAUACAUAUAUAAUAUAUAUAACAUAUGGAUUUUGCUUCCAGAGAGAAGGAAUUGUAAUUUCCUCAUGCAGAAGAGCGUGAAAUGAUUUCGCUGGAUCAAUAACAAAUCUUGCUUUACAUCAUUUUGUUGUCCUUGUUUUAACGGCACUAAAGGUUUGGAAAAUCAGGUGGAUGUUUUAAAAACACAAUUUCGAUGGAAGGACGCUUUUCAUUUCAGUCUCCUCCUCAUGGAAAUCUCAGCAUUAAAGAAAAGCACAAGUCUUCUGACGCAACUGGUGAUCUCUCACAGAGGACUUCAUGGAUCUUUAUGGAUUUUAAAGAAUAACACGCAAUGACUUCAGUUGAAGUCACAAGCAAUGCAUCCCGCAGGAUUUAUAAAGAAAUCAUCACUGCAAGCCUCUGUGAACUCACAAACUUUCAUAUGCUGUUAUUAUUACUGGGAAAAAAUAUGAAAAACAGUACCACUUAUUUUUCUAGAUUCGUAAUAAUCGCGCAUUUAAAGAUUUUCUAGAUACACUACAGUAUAUAAACUUAUAGCUCACUUAAGGGGAUUUAUGGGAUUGUUGAAAUUAUGAGAUACGUUUUUAACCCUGUGUUGCUCCGUUUCAAAUAAUGCUCUUUGAAUAACAACUACAUAUGAUUUCGGGUGAUAAAUGUUUACCUGGCUUUCUGUGACAGGAAGUCAUACGCCGACCAACCACCACAAAGUGUGAGGUCACACCAGAUUCAGUGCUCACUUCGGUUCACAUUUUGAGUUGCGUGACCUUUGACCUGCAUCUGUAUCGCAAAAACACAUUCAACCAGAUUUUGACACUGAGGCAAAGAAUACAUGGGUUUGUAGGACCGUGGAUGAGAUAAUAUGUUUGAAUGUUUUGAUUAUUAUUUGUUACUUAUCGAGUCAUGUUUAUUCAAACCUGAAGCUCUUGAAUGUGACAUCACACCCCGUUGGCCUAAAUCACUGCGAGGUUUGAUGUCAUUCCGCAAGCGUAAAUCUAGUGUGACCGCGUCGUAUCUCAACACAUGCACCGACUACACAAUGAUUCUCAAGUGAAAAUCACUGGAAGCCAUGUCAGAGUAAAUAAGACGUGACUGAGCAUGGGCACAUCAUCUGUCCGAAACACUGGAUCUCAUCAGGAUCUCAAGUCUGAUGAAAGCAGGUCAGUUUGUCUCCGCCACGACUGUCUUAGGGUGAAAAGUGACAAGUGAUAAGCUGCUUACGUGUCAGAUCAUGUAAACGCGUAAAACGGUUUUCUUUUAUCGGGGAAAGCCAUAAACGGCAUAAGCAAAAAUCGGUAGUUUUUUGCCCAUUACCACCGAUUUAGCGCCGCGUGUAAACGCCUUUACCGAUUUUCUUUCAGUUUUGUUUAUGUGCGUAUGCCUGAUGCCGUACUAGCAAAAGUCCCAAACGGAAGAAACAGUAAAAUAUCGCAUAAAUCCGCGGUCACGCUUGACUUUUCGUUCCAUUGACUUCCAUUCAUACACAUGAGAAUGAGUCAGACCGGAAACGCAAGCCCAUCCGAAGAUACAGUAUUUCACACUUCGCUGCGAAUUCGCGUCACCAAACGUCACAGCGUGACCUCUCGAUACAGAAAUGUAAAAGAUGGAGGAAUCGCUCCCGCCCAUUUUCGUAGCACCGUCCGAACGAGUUUAGCAUGCUCAAAGAGUAAAAGUAUAGAUAGAGAAGAUAGAUAAAAUACAGCUUCUGAACGAUUUCCCGCAGCAUUUUUAAUUACUAGAAGGACUAUCGAUGGUGACGUCACUGCACCCGAGAAACCUGGCAAGUCUCAAAUUUUCAUGUAAACGAGGUUUUCUGCGUAACCGGUUUAUUGAUGUUCAUGUAAACAUGUGACAACUGGUUUCUUUUAUAAGCUGAUUUUUGAUAGAUGUCCGUUUUUUGACAUCGAGUUACAGUGAUGACAAACAGACUGUGGAUGAAUCUCAUGUAACCCUUUAAGAUAUUGUGUGUCUAUUUUAGGAUCAUUUAGACUUGACAGCAAUUCAAUAAUGUUCUAAAUAACUUAUUAAAACUAUUUAAUGGCAAUUUUGUGUAUAUACACACAAUAAUAAAUGCUUAAUUAUCAACAGUCAUAAUGCAAAAGAGAAUAAACAAUAGGCAUUCAAUUCUCAAAAUAAAUGACAUUUUCUUAAUUUAUUUCUUUUGCUUUGUAUCGAAAGUCAUAUUCUCAAAAGGUUUCAUGGGAUUCAUGCACUGCAGAGAUACGAUCUAAAGUGAAAUGAAACAACAGAAGAAUAAACUGACAGACAGAUGAAAGCAUCGCACACAACCAAGCAAUCCUUAGACAUCUCUAAAUCCUUCAGCUGACACAGGUAUCAGACGCCUUGUUCUUUUAGCAAGCCACAUACACACUGCAAAGUGACAAUCACAUUUCAGCAUGAGAUUGAAUUAUUAUUGGAUGGGAAUAAAGAACGCAGGAGUCCUGUUCCAGUGCCAAACCUGUGAUACACAGCGAUGACCACAGCAAACACGCAUGCCAACUCAUUUAACACCAGAGAGAUAUGAUCGCAUGCCAACUGGCCACUGACAAGAGUUGUGGUGUUGUGUUAAGACUCUAGAAUCUGCUGGUAAACAGCGAAAUCUCUCAGGACUGAAUGUUGUGUACGUGUUAACCCAAAACUGCAAGGCUGGAUGGAAAAACAACAAUGCAUCCCAAUUCUCAAACUUAUACCCUAAAAGUAUGUACAGUAGAUGCAGUUUUCACUUCAGUGUAGCAUCACUACUCCCUCUUAAAACUAAACGUUCACGGAUCUAAAAUCUACAUUUUCACCAGAAAUAAUAAACCAUCAGGGUACUUUAAAGAUACUCAUUUCAACAUAUUCAGGACAGACGGUGCGUGAAUUGGGAUGCUGGGACCAUUUCAAAACUCGAAGAGUCAUCAGUACCUCAUUUUCUGUGAUUUAAAGCUGAUUUAAUGUAAACGUCGUCACAACGUCAGUUUUUUAAGAAAGUGGAUUGAAGAAUGCAGAAUGUAGUAAAUAACCAAACUCAGUGUGUACACAUAUGUGCUAUUAAGAAGUGACAAGUGUUAGCUGCAGUGUGUAUGUGGCCAGAAACGAUUGAAAAUAAACCCAUUUUCUUUCUUUUUGUAUUACAAUAUGUAUGUGGUUUAAUAGCCGCACAUCACAAGAGCAUUCUGGGAAUGUCACAACAGAUGGCCCUAACACACGUGCCAAAGUUUGACUACGUGCAAUCCACCUGACUAAUAAAAUACUUGACUGACAAAAAGAAAGUCACAAUAACAUUCUGGAUUCUGUGGACUUCAUUUCUCCUCUCAUACAGCAAAACCUUUGAUUUUCAUAUAGCUCGACAGUAGCCGAAAGAGACAACUAGAUGUUUUUCUGUUCCUUAAAAAGUGCCAUUGAUUUACUAUGUGCAAUAUUGUGUAUUUUAUACAGUUUUUAAAACUAUUUACUAUACAAAAUAAAGGAUGAAAAAAUAAAAAGAGUGGCUUUCUCACCUAAACGCUGAAAUACAGAAUGUUUGUAUGUCUUUCAACACCCGCAGACCCCCAAGCAUUGUCUCAAAUUCAUUUGUCUUCACGGGCAUUAAAUCAUAUAUUUACAUUAAAUAAAAAGUUGAAAAAAAUGGUUGAAAGAACUCUUGAUGGAUUGAUGAAAAAACUAUUAAAUUGAAACAAUACAUACAAAAUUACACAUUAUCAUAAAAAAUCUGUCUAUUAAUAAAAUAUGUUUUACUUCCAGAAUAGUUCUUACAAUGAAUGUUAAUGGUUGGUAAAGCAGGUCACCAUUUAAAAGAAAGUAAACCACCAUAAUGCUGUUCAGUCAGAUUAGAUGUAAUAAUACUAAACCCAACACAGUGAGCUAAAAACAGCCACCAAUGACAACACUUCACUCCAGAUGGCAACAGUACAUUCAUGGGAUUGGUUUUAUGGCAUUACUUAAAGGGAUAGUUCACCCAAAAAUGAAAAUUCUGUCAUCAUUUACUCACCCUCAUGUCAUUUCAUACCUGUUUAAAUUAGAAAGAUAUUUGGAGGAAUGUUAGCAAUUUCACUUCUGGAACAUCAUUGACUACCAUAGUGGGGAAAAUUAAAUGGUAGUCAAAGGUGCCACAGAACAGUUUGUUUUCAAAAUUCUUCAAAAUAUCUGAUUUUGUGUUCAACAGAACAAAAAAAAUACUAUAUUUUUUUCAUGUCCCAGAAUUGAAAAGUGCUAACACUCCUCUAAAU